AUGCCCACCACAGUGACAGCCUGGGUCAUCCACUGGAUCAUCCAUUCCUGGGUCACACUGAUACCUCCAAUGCACCUUGAGCAGUGGGCUUUGCAAGCUGUUCACCGUGAUUAUGGGAAGAAGACAAGUUCUUUGAGGAAAGCUCAGGCAAGGUCUGAAUUUGAUGAUGUACAUGUGAACUUCACUGAGGAAGAGUGGAAUUUGCUGGAUCCUUCUCAGAAGAAUCUCUACAGAGAUGUGAUGUUAGAAACCUACCUGAACCUCAAAGCUAUCGGCUAUAAUUGGGAAGACCAUCACCUUGAAGCACACUUUCAAAGUAGUACAAGACUUGAAAGACAUAAAAGAACACAUACGGGAGAGAAACCUUUUGAAUGUAAUCAAUGUAGUAAAACCUUUGCAAGACCAAGUGAUCUCCAAAGACAUAAACUGACACAUACUGGAGAGAAACCUUAUCAAUGUAAUCAAUGUGGUAAAGCCUUUUCACGUCACAGUGAUCUCCAAAGACAUAAACUGACACAUACUGGAGAGAAACCUUAUCAAUGUAAUCAAUGUGGUAAAGCCUUUUCACGUAACAGUGAUCUCCAAAGACAUAAACUGACACAUACUGGAGAGAAACCUUAUGAAUGUAACAAAUGUAGUAAAGCCUUUGCAGGUCACAGUGAUCUCCAAAAUCAUAAAAGAACACAUACUGGAGAGAAACCUUAUGAAUGUAAUCAGUGUUUUAAAGCCUUUUCACAUCACAGUAAUCUCCAAAGACAUAAACUGACACAUACUGGAGAGAAACAUUAUGAAUGUAACCAAUGUGGUAAAGCCUUUGCAAGACCCAGUCAUCUCCAAAAUCAUAAAAGAAUACAUACUGGAGAGAAACCUUAUGAAUGUAAUCAAUGUGGUAAAGCCUUUGCAAGACCCAGUGAUCUCCAAAAUCAUAAAAGAACACAUACUGGAGAGAAACCUUAUGAAUGUAACCAAUGUGGUAAAGCCUUUGCAAGACCCAGUCAUCUCCAAAAUCAUAAAAGAAUACAUACUGGAGAGAAACCUUAUGAAUGUAAUCAAUGUGGUAAAGCCUUUGCAAGACCCAGUGAUCUCCAAAAUCAUAAAAGAACACAUACUGGAGAGAAACCUUAUGAAUGUAAUCAAUGUGGUAAAGCCUUUGCAAGACCCAGUCAUCUCCAAUAUCAUAAAAGAACACAUACUGGAGAGAAACCUUAUGAAUGUAAUCUAUGUGGUAAAGCCUUUUCACGUCACAGUAAUCUCCAAAGACAUAAGAAAACAGUCCUCUCAGCUGCCAUUGUUACUCAGUAUCUCUGGGCCGUGUUGGAUCUCUAUACUCUAAAAACAAUUGUCAUCCACGUUGAUUCAGCACAGGAGUUUCUCAAAGUUCUCAAGUUUACUCCCGGUGUGCUGGUUAUCUUAUGGCCCAGGACACAUGAGAACCAGGUUUACUAA